CCGAGCGCGCCGGGCGCGGCGCCGCGGCCCACAAGAUGUCCACUCGCACCCCGCUGCCCACCGUCAACGAGCGGGACACGGAGAACCAUACCUCUGUGGAUGGAUACACUGAACCCCACGUCCAGCCUAUCAAGUCCGGUAGCAGACAGAACAUCCCCCGAUGUAGGAACUCAAUUACAUCUACAAAUGAGGAGCAUCCUCACAUUGGAAAUUAUCGCUUACUGAAAACAAUAGGAAAAGGAAAUUUUGCCAAAGUGAAGCUGGCAAGACAUGUUCUUACUGGAAGGGAGGUUGCUGUGAAAAUAAUAGAUAAAACCCAGCUAAAUCCUACUAGUCUGCAAAAGUUGUUUCGAGAAGUACGAAUAAUGAAGAUACUGAAUCAUCCCAAUAUUGUGAAAUUAUUUGAAGUCAUUGAAACUGAAAAGACAUUGUAUUUGGUAAUGGAAUAUGCCAGUGGGGGAGAAGUGUUUGACUACUUAGUUGCACAUGGAAGAAUGAAAGAAAAAGAAGCUCGUGCAAAAUUCAGGCAGAUUGUAUCUGCAGUGCAGUACUGUCAUCAGAAGUGCAUAGUUCAUCGUGAUCUUAAGGCAGAAAACCUUCUACUUGAUUCAGAUAUGAACAUUAAAAUUGCAGACUUUGGGUUUAGUAAUGAAUUUACAGUUGGUAAUAAACUGGACACGUUUUGUGGAAGCCCACCUUAUGCUGCUCCUGAACUUUUCCAAGGAAAGAAAUACGAUGGUCCUGAAGUGGAUGUGUGGAGUCUUGGAGUGAUAUUGUACACACUAGUAAGCGGAUCGUUGCCAUUUGAUGGUCAGAAUCUAAAGGAAUUGAGGGAGCGAGUACUGAGGGGGAAGUAUCGUAUUCCGUUCUAUAUGUCCACAGACUGUGAAAAUCUACUUAAGAAGCUACUAGUACUGAAUCCAAUAAAACGAGGCAGCUUGGAACAAAUUAUGAAGGAUCGGUGGAUGAAUGUUGGCCAUGAAGAGGAAGAAUUGAAGCCAUAUACCGAGCCUGAACCAGACUUUAAUGACACCAAGAGAAUAGACAUUAUGGUAACAAUGGGUUUUUCAAGAGAAGAAAUCCACGAAUCUUUAGUAAACCAAAAGUACGAUGAAGUCAUGGCUACUUACUUGCUUCUAGGUAGAAAACCACCUGAAUUUGAAGGAGGCGACUCCCUAUCCAGCAGCAACUUGGGUCAAAGAUCUCGUCCUAGCAGCGACCUCAACAACAGCUCUGUGCAGUCUCCUGCUCACUUGAAGGUCCAACGGAGCAUAUCUACCAAUCAGAAACAACGGCGGUUCAGCGAUCAUGUUGGUCCAUCAAUUCCUCCUACUGUGUCAUACACAAAAAGGGCUCAGGCAAACAGUGUGGAAAGUGAACAGAAAGAAGACUGGGACAAAGAUGUGUCACGCAAACUGAGCAGCACAACAGUGGGAUCCAAAGGAGAGAUGGCUGCGAGUCCACUUGUGGGUCCAGAAAGAAAGAAAUCAACUACAGUUCCCAGUAACAAUGUAUUUUCUGGAAGUGGAAUGACAAGAAGGAACACUUAUGUUUGUGAGCGUUCUUCAGAUCGCUAUUCUGCAAUACAGAAUGGGAAGGACAACAGGAUUGAAAAACAGCCAAGUCUUGAUUCCUCUUCAUGAGUGCAAUAACCGUGCUCAGUUCUUCAUGAAGAACGAAGAAGAAUGUUGCAGUUCAGUUUGUGUUUGGUGUAGCUGAACAUCUCGUGCCAUCAACACAUUAGUCAGAUUCUGAAAUCUUUACUUUGCUACAGAUAUUAUUUCACUUUGGGACUGCUGUUGCUAAUACAUAAUUAAUGUAAUUUUGCUUAUCCUUAUGGAGGCAAAGCUGUAUUUUGGCCUAAGUUACCUGACAUUGUUUUUAAAAAUUCAUGACAUAAUAUCACUUCUACUACCUUGCCUUUUUUGCUACUUAGUUGAAGCAGAAAUAAAAAGUACGGGUGGAAGGAGCUGUAUCAGUCUAGCAUUGGCUUGAGAGAGAGCUGAUGCAGAAGGCAAAUACUUUGCUUGAAGCAGAGCAGCCUGUUCUGUUCAGAGCUGCUGUGGUGCUGCUCUGUGAGGCCUGGGAGGAGCCUUCCCAUGCCUCAGGGACUCUGCAGCUGCAGGGCAAGAAGUUUCCUUCUUACUGGGGUCAUGACCAGGUGUUUAAAUGCUGUCCGCAUCUCCUGAGUGAACUUCUAUAGCUUCCUAUGUUUUAUUUCACUUCCAGUUCUUACUUAGAGGUAGAUUUGGGGGGUUUUGGUUGUCAUGAGUUUGGUCUGUAGGGAUUUCACCUAUUGGGAAACACCCAGCAUGGCAGCUCCAGGUACUGAUCACCAGAAGAUCUUUCGAAUUGCAAUGCUGUCAUUGUCAGAAGUGUUUUAUGGUGUGUUGGCAUUCUUUAGGGUAUCAAAUAUAUUUUUCAGAAACAAGUACAAACUUGCUUGAUAAGUGCAGUAGCUGCACAAUAAGAUGCAAGCAGUUCCUCAUGUGCAUGGCUUUUUGAGGUGUUACCACAAUAGAAGUUAAAGCCGGAGAACUACGGACGUGAGGCCACCUAUUUUCUGUUGUCUUUAAUUGUUCCACAUAGCUGUAACGCCUCUGUUUAAUGGUGCAAGAAUCAAAGGGAAUUUUUCCUCUCCCAGGGAUGUUUUAAACACUUGCAGAAAAUUCAAGUUUGACAACUUUUUGGCAGUUAAGUGAUGAAGGGUGGGAAUAAUUGAGAACUGCUUUCAGGCUGCUGACUGAGCACUCUGAAUUGACCUCUUCUGUAAGUUGGGCUUUCUCUUGAAGCUGACUUGCCUUUAAUGCACUACACAGAAGUCUGAAGGAGAAGUACAGCUUGGAGUGAAUGUGUUUUUAAAAGGCUAGGUAACAAUGUGGCAAAAAAUGUUCUCAGUUUUAGGUGUUUGAAUUAUAACUGAAGAGUAUUCACUGUUAAUGACUUACCCUCAAUUACAUAUCCUUUACUUCAGCAGCAGGAGGCAGCCUCAUCACUCUGUCUUCUGAUUAUUUUAACAGUGCUUGCUACAUUCCAAAAGAAAAUAUGACUUGCUGUAUUCCGUUUUGCAGGGUUUUACACUAACUUUCUUUUUUCCUUUUCAUUUCUUUGUCCCUCCUGCCUUGCUGCCAUGA